AUGCGUAGCAGCAAAGCUGAACAGACCAAGUUGAAUGCAAUAGUGCUUAUGGCGGGUUUAUCUCUGUUGCGAGCUUUAAUUGGUAUUGGGAAUACGAAGGAGCAUGAGAAUGAUCAAAUAAGUGCAAAUGGAUAUGCCUUUGCGUUGCUAGGACCUAAUGACUGGAAUUCAUGUGAGGAUGAGUUAUGGGAUUCUGUCGUUCCGCUUCAGGGGUUAUACGGUCCUUUUUGGUCUUGGGCGAAAGAUAUUCUUCUCAAUGAUUGGGAUCAUAUGAUCCCUAAAAAAGUUUAUGAGGAAUGGAACCGACAAGGUGGUUCUCGAACAGUUGCCGCUCUUGCCCGUGCUGCUGCUAGGAUUGGACCAAAGAUGAUACCUACACUAUCAUAUUACUUACCUAGCACGGAAGAUGAAACGGAAAGCGUAUCGUUCACUGAAGAAUUGUUCGACAUAGUAGCGAAGCGCCAGGAUCAAUCGUGGUCGGAUUUUCUUCAAUUUGCAGACCAGUUUAAAGACGCGUUGUUCUUCGGACUGCGAGACCUUCUUCUUGAUCGACAGAAUAAUUAUGCGGGUGAUACCUGCCCGGCAGAUGGUACUACAGAUGGUACUAUAGAUGGUACUAUAGAUGGUACUAUAGAUGGUACUACAGAUGGUACUAUAGAUGGUACUACAGAUGGUACUAUAGAUGGUACGGGAAUACAAACGAAGACAUGGCGGGAAGUAAAGGAGCGUCUCCUCUACUAUGUUUGCAAUCACGCAAGAGCAACCAAUCAGUCCGGCAAGGUGGACAGCAUUCCGGACGGGAUUGUUCGAUGGUCUGGACUCAUAUCCCGGGCCCGGGGCUGUGUCGGAUUUUGGAAGCGAAUGGCUGCGCUGAAAUAUGGGGAUGUCAUUUCAAUACUGCCAACUAUAAAUCGAGAACAAUGUAGCAAUAAAGUUUGGUCAAAUCGAAUCUCACAUCUCCCGUGUUACUCAGCCCGUUUGUACAAUUCGGCGCCGGGUGCUAAUUCGUCUCUGUUCCGCUAUGCCACUACUUACGCAAAAGCGAUUUGGGAAUUUUUCGGAGAGGAAGCCAAUCAGCUUAAGCCCCAAAAUAAAGAAGUAGAUGACCUUGUAGAUGAAAUUGCUGAGAGAGAGCCGGAUUGCAAUAAAAUCCUGCUAACCAAGAUGCUCAUUAACUACUUGUUAAAGCACUGGAUGCCGCCAUCAAACGCAGUGUCGUCAAAAAUUGUGUGGUCAGAGUCUGAUAAAAUUACCGGGGAUCGUGAAGCGAGGACCGGGGAUCGUGAAGCGAGGACCGGGGAUCGUGAAGCGAGGACCGGGGAUCGUGAAGCAAGGACCGGGGAUCGUGAAGCGAGGUCUUUUAAGAAUGGUGCGCAGAUUCGUAUUAAGAAGUUAUCCGUUGAUGCGAUGUCUGAGGUGCUGGAGUCAGGUGUUGUUCCGGAAGAUAUAAGUGUGUUGGGGGUACCGUUUGUCAUUUCAAGAAACUCUCAGGCGCCGUCGCUUCAUCUAGGCCCAUUGAUGUGGGCUUAUGAUAUCCUAAAAAUGAAGUCACCAAUUUUCGCGCGUGGUCCGACGAUGCGAUUGAACGCCAGAUUCAUUCAAAUGAAACUGAACGACGCCAGCUCUGUUUGCCAACUUAUGACGAAAUUUGGCGACUCUCUGGAACUAUGUGGGCCAAUAGCCUUCUCCAGACAUGUUGGAAAAAGGCCAAGCGGACAGUUCUUAGGGGGGAACCAAGGUGGUGCUGAUAGCAAACAACUUUUACAACUAACUAGUAAUGAAUAA